CUUCUCUUUGUUUUUGCCGGUGUCGGUUCAGCCAUAGCCUAUGCUAAGUUGACAUCAGAUGCAGCUCUUGAUCCUGCUGGGUUGGUGGCUGUUGCCAUUGGCCAUGGUUUUGCUCUCUUCGUUGCUGUUUCAGUCGGAGCCAACAUUUCUGGUGGCCAUGUUAACCCUGCUGUGACCUUUGGGUUGGCUCUUGGAGGUCACAUCACCAUCCUCACUGGUCUCUUCUACUGGAUUGCUCAGCUCCUUGGCUCCAUAGUGGCCUGCUUUCUCCUCAAGUUUGUCACUGGCUAUAGUAUUCCUAUCCACGGUGUUGCUGCGGGAGUUGGAGCCGGAGAAGGAGUUGUUACUGAGAUCAUCAUCACAUUUGGAUUAGUGUACACAGUGUAUGCUACAGCUGCAGACCCAAAGAAGGGUUCACUUGGUACAAUUGCACCCAUUGCCAUAGGUUUCAUCGUUGGUGCAAACAUCUUAGCUGCAGCACCAUUUUCUGGGGGAUCCAUGAACCCUGCACGUUCCUUUGGCCCUGCAGUUGUCAGCGGUGACUUUCAUGACAACUGGAUCUACUGGAUUGGCCCUCUUGUUGGUGGUGGUUUGGCUGGUCUUAUCUACACCUAUGCCUUCAUUCCCACCCAGCACCAUGCGCCUCUCGCCACUGAUUUUUGAUUCACUCAAUAAUACCCUUUGUUAAUCGCAUCAUGGUUUAGUUUCUAUGUAAUAAAGGAGGAAAACUCAGUCUUGUUUUUCCUUCUUUUCAUCUCAGCCUUUUCUUUUUCAUUUUGCUUUUAAUGUAAAGUUGGAGUCAUUGUUUUCUUGUACGAAUUCAUGAGGUUGCUGAUGUAGUUUUUCUUAAAA